AUGCCAUCUCAUAGUUCCACUCCUCGGAAAUGGAACAGAGUCUGGACGGUCUGCAGAUCCAUGCAGCAUGGAAGGUACAGCAACGCCUCCUCGCGCAUGCACAUGGCCCAGUCUGAGAGGGCUUUUCUUAACUCGGCUGCGCGGCGUGCGUGCGUGCGUGCGUGCGUGCGUGGGGAAGUAACCUUUACAGUCUUUAAUCUUGUACAGUGUAGUGUUGAGGGGGUGACGCGGUCAAAUUUGCUGAGGCACCCAUCCGAUUGA